AUGGCGCGGAAUAAGGAGACCUGGAAGGAGGAGGACUUCCCUUGCACACUCACACUACACAUACCCUUCCCAUCCCACCACCUCGCCCUCACAGCGCAACGCGUACUGGCAGUCGACGCGGAACUCUCGCCUCUUGUGCGUCGCGCAUUUUCUCUCACCACGCCCGAGACUUCGACUGAGCAGUCCGUUCUUCAAGUCAACUAUGCAGCAACAACCAAUCGCAUGUUACGCGUCGCAGUCAAUGGAUUCAUAGAGAGUGUGGGCGUUGUGAUUGGUGUGAUGAAGGAUUUGGAUGUUGAUGUGUUGUAUGAGCCAGUGAAGGAGAGUUUGGAGGGUGUGCAAGGUUUGGUCCUAGAUAACCAGGGAGUCGUGGUGAAGAGCUGA